GGAUCCCUGUGGUAUCAAGUGAAACGCCGCCAUCUUUCAACCACCUGCAACAAUUAUUUUGUGCAUUUUUUUGARAUUCACUAAUUUACCACCACAAUCAUGUAUGUUAAAGAUGCCCCAGUUUCGUUAAAAGGCAGUGCCUCGCUUUUGUGCAAUAAUUUAGCUAUCCUCAAGCCUAAAGAGAAGGAAUCAACCUCGUUUGCCGUUGUUCACAAAGCUCUUGUUUGUCUAUCGAACGUUGCGAAAGGUGGAGGAGUACCUUCAAUAAAACAAAUAUCUUGUAAGGGAGAAGGAGCACACAGUAGCUCUGCUGUACAACAGGCCAAGUGGUGUAUUUUACCAGAUAGAACUGUGUUGGUUCUGGCUUCCAUUAAAGGUGUUCAGAUGUUUGAUCCUGAUGGAAUGAUCAUGAUUUUCUGGCAAUCACUUCCACCAUGUGAAGCAACAGAGGUGUAUUCUCAGUUUUCAAGAGGAAUUUGUGCUGUAGGAGAAAAGUAUAUCUGUGUUGGUUCAUCAGAUGGUGGUAUAAUGGUAUUUGAUGUCCCAGCACGUGGAACUGGAGUCAAGCUACAAGAAACUCUAAGCACACAUGCUGAGCCUAUCUGUGAUUUGGUUGGUAAGGAUUCAAAGAUGGUUUCAUCAGAUGAUACAGGAUACAUGAUUGUCUGGCAGGCAGGAGGGCACUUUACACAGUUAUCCAAGAUAGAUGGAUUUGGAUUCCCGUGUUCCUCACUUGCUCUGUACAAAGAAUAUGUUGUUGGUGGUUAUGGAACUGGACAUAUUAGAAUAUUUAAUUUAACAACGGGAAAGAUUGUGUUUGAGAUUUGUGCUCAUGCACAGUGGGUGAAUGCCUUGGAUGUAGCUGAAGAAAAUGGUUUGUUACUAUCUGUUUCGGAAGACACAUUUGUUCGAGUUUGGCAAGUAAAUGAUGGUGAAAGUCCCAAGGUUGAAUUGAAAUUCCAGCAGAAUAUUAUUGAUACCCAAUUAUGUGGCGGGAGAUUUCUGGACCAGGAAGGCCACAGUUUUGGGAUUACUGGAUAUGACCUGACAGAAGUGUCGAUCUUCUCAAAGAAAUAAUAAUUACCUGUAUAAUGUAAUGUAGGAUGUCUUGAUGAAGAUAUACCAAUAGAAUUUUGCCGCGCAGUUGUAAAUUCGAAAAAAAGACGGUUAAAGAAGAUUUAGAUAAAGGGGGUAGUAACAAUAAUAAACAUUACCAAAAACAUUUACCAAAGCA